AUGUCGGCGAUCGUUCCCAUACGCUUUCAUGAACUCUUUACCGUAAGUCCCGUGUUUUUUACUGUAGUACACAUAAAGUUUUUAAAAUCUAGGUUUUUUUGUAAUUGGGACGAUGAAUCAUGGUGAAUAUGACCAGAAAGUGUAUGUAACGGUUCAAAAACUUUUUAAAUAGCUAUAGAAAAAUUAAUUUCAGCUCCCGAAUCUUGGGAUUAGUAGCCAAGCCAUCAAUUUCACCAAUGUCACAAUGGAAUCGGAUAAAUUCAUUGUGGUCAGAGAGCAGGUUGGAGGCUCUAAUCAAGUUGUUAUCGUUGACGUUAACAGACCCAACGACAUCUUGAGAAGACCUAUCACCGCAGACUCGGUGAUCAUGCAUCCUACUCGCAAGAUCAUUGCUCUCAAGUGUAAGGUUACAUUGUUUUUUAUAAAUUUUUUCUGUUUAGCCCAGAGACAACUGCAGAUGUUUGAUAUUGACCAGAGGGCGAAGCUGAAGUCUCAUUUGAGUACAGAGGACGUGGUUUUCUGGAAAUGGAUCAACGAGAAGACUGUCGGUCUUGUCACUGAAACUAGUGUUUUUCAUUGGCAUUUGGAAGGUCAGAAUGCUCCGGUGAAGGCGUUUGACAGACACACUAACCUCAAAGACUGUCAGAUAAUCUCAUACAAGUGCGACCACACCGCUAAGUUGUUGCUGCUUCAAGGAAUUGCCGUCAAGGUAUGUGCUUUAUGAUUUAUAAUAAUUAUUUGUUUAGGAAAAUAGAGUCGUCGGGUCUAUGCAGUUGUACAGCGAGGAGAAAAAGCUCGCCCAGCCAAUCGAAGCACAUGCUUCAUGCUUCCUUCAAUUUACACAGGAGGGUAAUCCCCAUCCCUCCAAUCUGUUCUGCUUUGCUGCCAGGACGGCCACAAACUCUCGACUUCAUAUCAUCGAAGUUUCCACUCCUCCAGCUGGAAAUCAACCCUUCAGCAAGAAACAAGUAGAGAUACAGUUUGCUGCUGAAGCCGCCAAUGAUUUCCCCAUCUCCAUGCAGGUAUGGUGUAAAUUGAUUUUGAAUAUUCUUCUCUAGGCCUCUGAUACCCACGGCGUGGUCUUCAUGAUCACCAAACACGGAUUUGUGCAAGUAUUUGAUGUCGAAACUGGAACUUCCAUCUACACCCUAAGGGUUUCUUCUGAAACCAUUUUUGUGACUGCCGAGCAUAAGAGUUUGAAUGGAUUUUUGGGAAUCAACAGACCAGGGCAAGUCUUGGCCAUUGGAAUCGAUGAUCAGGCCAUUGUUUCUUAUCUGAAGAACCAACUUCAAAAUCCUGAUUUGGCGCUGAAGAUGGCAACCAGAUGUAAAUUGGAAGGAGCGGAAGAUCUGUUUGUAAGAAAGUUUAACCUCCUCUUCGGAAACGGCCAGUAUGAGGAAGCUGCCCGAGUCGCCGUCAAUGCUCCCAACAACAUUCUCAGAACUCCAGGUACCCUCCAGAAGUUUCAACAGGCGCCUGCCGUCCCUGGUCAGAGUGCAACGCCUCUGUUGAAGUAUUUCAACGUUCUCUUGGAAUCCGGCCAGCUCAACAAAUACGAAUCCUUGGAGCUGUGUCGACCAGCCAUUGCCCAAAACAAAAAACAGUUGGUGGAAAAAUGGUUAUCCGAAAACAAAUUGGAAUGCUCGGAAGAUCUUGGAGAUCUUGUCAAGACUAUCGACCCAACACUCGCAUUGAGCAUCUACCUGAGAGGAAAUGUUCCACACAAGGUCGUUCAAUGUUUUGCUGAGACCGGACAAUUCGAGAAGAUCAUAUUGUACUCGAAGAAAGUUGGAUUUGAACCUGACUAUCUCUUCCAACUGAGACAGGUAUUGCGUUCCAAUCCAGAUGCCGCCGUCGCUUUCGCAAUUAGAUUGGCUACCGAGGGGCCUGAUGAGAAAGGAUUAGUCGAUCUUCAUCAAGUGAGUGUUUUCAAAAUGACAAUAAUUUGAUGUUUUAGAUCGUUGAUUGCUUCUCUGAUGUCAAUGCCGUUCAACAGUGCACUAAAUUCUUGUUGGAGCUUGUCAACAAGGGUGUCACCUUGGAGCCCAAUCUUCAAACACGGCUUUUGGAAAUGAACCUUACUAUGAAUCCACCAGUCGCUGAUGCGAUUUUGGGUAAUAAUGUACUCAAGGAUUACGACAGAGCUGCCAUUGGACAACUGUGCGAAAAGGCUGGCCUCUUGCAGAGAGCCCUAGAGCACUUUACGGAUAUCUACGACAUCAAGAGGACCGUGGUUCAUACUCAUCAAUUCCAGCCUGAUGUAAGUCUCAUAAUUCAUAAAUCAUUUUGUUUUUAGUGGUUGAUCACUUACUUUGGUCGUCUAAGUGUUAGCGAUACCAUGGAAUGUUUGAAAGCCAUGCUCCAAGCAAAUCUUCGACAGAAUUUGAAUAUCGUUGUACAGAUUGCCUCGAGGUACGCUGAACAACUGCAAACACAGCCAAUCAUCGAGCUGUUCGAAUCGUUCAAAUCAUUUGAAGGUCUUUACUACUUCUUGGGAUCGAUUGUCAACUUCUCGCAAGAUCCCGAUGUUCACUUUGCUUAUAUUCAAGCCGCCACCAGAACCGGCCAAUUGAAGGAAGUCGAAAGAAUUUGCCGAGAAUCAAAUGUCUACAACGCAGAGAUGGUCAAGAAUUACUUGAAGGAAGCCAAACUGAGUGACCAACAGGCUUUGAUGAUUGUAUGUGACCGACAUGACAUGGUGCACGAUCUUGUUCUUUAUCUCUUCCGAAACAAUCUCCAUAAGUCCAUUGAGGUAUUUGUGAACAAAGUUAAUGCAGCAAGACUCCCUGUCGUCGUCGGAGCUCUUUUGGAUGUAGAUUGCAGUGAAGAGGCCAUCAAACAGCUCAUCUCAAAUUGUCGAGGAAAGUUUGAUAUCGAUGCUUUGGUCGAGGAAGUGGAGAGAAGGAACAGGUAAUCUACUUGCUUUUGUUUUUGGAUUAUUUUUAGACUGAAAUUGUUGGCUAAUUGGUUGGAAGGCCGAGUUCACGAGGGUGCCACCGAUGCCGCUACUCACAAUGCCUUGGCCAAGAUUCACAUUGAUGCCAACAACAACCCCGAGAGAUUCCUGAAAGAAAACCAAUACUACGACUCUGCAGUGAUCGGAAAGUACUGCGAAAAAAGGGAUCCCCAUUAUGCUCUCGUGGCCUACGAAAGAGGAAAUUGCGAUCAAGAGAUCAUCAAGGUCUGUAAUGAGAACUCGCUCUUCAAGAAUCUGGCCAGGUACUUGGUCAGAAGGAGAGAUGCAACACUUUGGGGCUCCGUUCUUACCGAAGAUACCGCCCACCGUCGUUCUUUAAUUGAUCAAGUCGUUCAAACUGCAUUUGCUGAAACUCAGGAUCCAGAAGAUAUUUCCGUUACCGUCAAGGCUUUCAUGUCUGCUAAUCUGCCACAUGAACUUAUCGAAUUAUUGGAGAAAAUUGUCUUGGAUAGCUCUAACUUUGGUCAGCACAGGAAUCUACAGAAUCUCCUCAUCUUGACCGCUGUCAAAUCGGAAGCUAGCCGGGUCAUGGAAUAUAUCCAGAAACUGGAUAACUAUGAUGCACCUGAUAUUGCCAACAUUUGCAUUUCCAGCGAGUUGUAUGAAGAGGCAUUUGAGAUCUUUAGAAAGUUCGAUGUGAAUGCUUCUGCAAUUCAAGUGAGUUUCAUUAAUUUAAUAAGGGAAUUAAAUUUUUUUUAGGUUCUUAUCGACAACAUUAAGAAGUUGGAUCGUGCUUACGAAUUUGCGGAGAAAGUAAACGAACCAGCUGUCUGGGGACAGUUGGCCAGAGCUCAGCUUGAAGAAGGUUUAAUCAAAGAAUCUGUGGACUCCUACAUUAAGGCUAACGACCCUCGGGCUUUCAUUGACGUUGUGAAGAAAUGCUCGGACACUGGUCAUUGGGAAGAUCUUGUUCGAUUUUUACAGAUGGCUAGGAAGAAGUCUAGAGAGUCGUUCAUCGAAACAGAGCUCUGCUUUGCUUAUGCCAAGACCAACCGGCUCCAAGAUCUGGAACAAUUUGUCCAUGAGCCCAAUCACGCCGCCAUCCAGCAAGUUGGUGAUCGAUGCUUCGAGGAGGCUAUGUAUCCAGCUGCCAAAAUCCUCUACAACAGCAUUUCCAAUUACGCCAAACUUGCCAUUACUGUGGUUAAGAUGGGAGAUUACCAAGGUAGGUGAAUGAAACUGUUUUUUUAUGUUCAUUUAGGUGCCGUUGAUGCUGGAAGAAAGGCCAACUCAACCAAAACAUGGAAGGAGAUCUGCUUUGCUUGUGUUGAUCAAGAGGAAUUCCGGUUGGCUCAGAUCUGUGGUCUUCAUAUUGUUGUUCAUGCUGACGAAUUGGAGGAAUUGAUCAAUUAUUAUCAGAAGGCCGGCCACUUCGAGCAGCUGAUUAGCCUUCUCGAAGCUGCACUCGGACUCGAAAGAGCUCAUAUGGGAAUGUUCACUGAAUUGGCCAUUCUUUACUCCAAGUACAAGCCGGAGAAGAUGCGCGAACAUUUGGAACUGUUCUGGUCGAGAGUUAAUAUCCCGAAAGUCCUCAAGGCCGCCGAACAAUCCCAUCUUUGGGCUGAAUUGGUCUUUUUGUAUGACAAAUAUGAGGAGUAUGAUAACGCCAUCUUGACCAUGAUUAACCACCCCACUGUCGCAUGGAGAGAACAGCACUUCAAGGAGAUUAUCCCCAAGGUUGCCAAUGUUGAGCUUUAUUACAAGGCUAUUCAAUUCUACUUGGAUUACAAACCAACUCUGCUCAAUGAUUUGCUGGUGGUCCUUUCUCCACGACUCGAUUUAUCACGGACUGUCCAGAUCUUUGAAAAGGGUAAGUGUCCUUUCAGGAAAUUAAAAUUCUGUUUAGGAGGUCAUUUGAAACUUGUUCAACCCUUCCUCAAACAAGUCCAGAACAUGAACAACAAGGCUCUGAAUGAAUGCCUGAACCAAAUGUACAUUGAUGAGGAGGAUUACGAGUCAUUGAGGGCCAGUAUUGAUUCCUAUGACAACUUCGACAACAUUGCCUUAGCUCAGCAACUGGAGAACCACGAAUUGACAGAGUUCAGAAGGAUCUCGGCCUAUCUCUUCAAAGGAAACAACAGGUGGAAACAGUCGGUGGAACUCUGCAAAAGAGACAAGUUGUUCAAGGUAAGUGGUUGUCAGUUUCAGUAAUCUUUGUUCUAGGACGCCAUGGAAUAUGCCUCUGAGAGUCGCAAACCAGAAAUUGUCGAGGAUCUUCUCAAGUUCUUCCUCGAGAAUGACAACAAGGAAUGCUUCACUGCUGCUCUUGUAAAGUGUUACGAUCUUUUGAAACCUGACAUUGUUUUGGAACUUGCAUGGAAACACAAAAUCAUGGACAAUGUUAUGCCAUACAUGAUCCAGAUUAUGCACGAUUAUAGCAAACGAGUAGGUUGAAUUUUAUUAUCUAAGAUUAAAUGUACUGGAUUCUUUGGAUUACUUUACAUUUUUCAGAUUGAUAAUCUUGAGAAAGCAAACGAAGAAAGGAAACAGGAGUUGAAGGAGACGGUGGAAAGAGCGGGCUCGGUGAUGGAGACUCAACCCAUGCUGGCCUAUGCUCCAGCAAACCAAAUGCCCCCGGCCCCAGGCGUUUAUGGAGUUCCUCCUGCGGCCCCCGGAGGCUAUCAGGCGCCAUUCUUCCCUCGUUAA